GGGCUAUGGGCUGGCGCUGUGCCUGCCGUGCCCACAAGUGAACGACCCUCAGGAAGCGGAAGCAGCAGCAGCAGCCGUGAGCAGGAUGUGCUCCCUUCUCCCCUCUCCCUUCUCCCGGCCAAGAGAGAGGCCCUCCAUGUCCAGGGACAGACCCUAGGGAGGGGGGAGGGGAGGAGGAGAGCAGGCCAUGGGGUACCUGCCGGCUGGGGGGCAAAGGCCGGCCUCCACCAGCCAUGAGGCACCGGUUGCCCCCUUGGGAGUCGCUGAGGCUGAGCCCCAGGCAGCAGCACCCACGGGAGAGAUGCUUUGCACCCCGGCGGAGGGGGCAGCCGAAUCGACGCUCUCUGUGGAACGGCUUGAGGUCAUGGGGCAGGAGGCUGUGACGCCCCCCUGGCGGGGCAAAGGGACUGCCAUGGCCAGCCAGGGGGCAGCCCCGGAGGCCGGCCAAGAGAAGGCUGCCACCGGGGUCCGCUCUGUGCUGCUCAAGCGCGACUCGCCGGGUGCUGAGGACCACCUGCAGCCGCGCCGCCGCCGCCACCGUGCCCAGCAGGUGCGCUUCAAGGACCUGGAGGAGGGCGGAGAGGAGCCCCCAGGCAGCGGCACCCCACGUGCCUCUGCCGCAAACUGUGCCAGGCGGAGCUGGCCCCAUCUGGGCCCCGCUGCUGCUUGCCCUGCCGGAUCCCCACAGGGCGACGGGCACCAGCACCUCCAGCCGGACGUCACCCAGCCUCCGCAGCAAGAGCUCCUGGUCAUGCCCCCCGUACCCGGGGCGGGGGCGCCCGUGCCUCUCGGCCAGCUGCUCUUCCCAGUGCAAGCACUGUGCCCCUCCACCAUGCAGCCCCUUGGCACCCCAAGCAGCUGUGGCAGUUCUGGCGCCCCCUGGCUGUGCCCACCCCCUCUCUGUCUGAUUUCCUCUGAGCAGGCCUCGAGAGCCCCUCCCUGUGCCCCCCAGAGGGGCAUCCCUUCCCCCAGCCCCCUUGCUCAGGGCCCCCCCACCAAAGACCCCACCCCUGCCUUCCUGCUUCCCACAGCAGGGCCCCCUAAGUCAGGAAAACCAGCAGCUCCUGCGGCCUCCCCAGAGAGCCUCAGCACCACUCAGGCCCACCCCACAGCCCCCACGCCUUCCCGGAAACCUCCGGACCCCCUUCUGCCCUCUUCCGGUCGCAGUUGCCCCCCUGAGACCUGCCUCUCUGCUAGACCCGGGGAGACGUUUCCCUGUGUCCAGGACCACCUUCUGCAGCUGGUGUCUGUGGCUCAAGGGCUGCCGUGUCCCGCUGCUGCAGAGAGGGAGCCCCCGCCAGCAUCUCAGGACCUCCCCGGGCAGGUGGGUGACAUCCACUCCCAGCUGCAGUCCCUCGAGGGGGUGCUGGAGACCAGCCAACGAACCAUCAAGGUGCUACUCGAUGUCAUUCAGGAUCUGGAGAAGAAGGAGGCCCAGCGCGAUGGGCGGCAGUCCUACCGGACAGGGCAGGACACCACCAACUGCGGGACGUGCCUCGACUGCGCCUGCAUCAUCUACAGUGUGGAACAUGAUUUCCGGAAGCAGGAGGGGCGUUUGAAGCAGGUGCUGAGCACCAUUGAGCCUGAGCUGAGCCACAGCCCCCUGGGGGCCAUGCGAGCUGCCACACCGAGCCACCAGGAGCCGUCGACAACACUGAAUCUGCCCGUGGUGAAAGCGGAGCCCAAGAAGUCCUGGAGAAAGUGUUUCUGGUUCCUGUGAUGGUGCCGUGCCCAGAAGGGCCGGUGGUCUCCCUCCCCAAGGAGAGGAAAAGGAGC